AUGAGUGACCCGAAUCAACCGCCCUUUCACUAUCAUCCCUACCAGUCUUCUGCAGAGUAUCAUGAGAAUGAACCAAAGCCUUUCUUUGGCGGGGCCCCCCCCGGCUACAUUCAGACCCCUCUUGGUCCUCCGAGCAACUACGACGUGAUAUCUGGGCCUUCGGAACCCAGCCCAAAUGCUUCUCGGGUCGUAUUCGAAGACGGAUCUCUUAACAAAAAGGUGCAAAUUCCCAGGUCGGCAAACUCCAGCACAUGGACCACCAGCGGACGAGUUAGUCGGGCGUGUGAGAACUGCCGCGAGCAAAAGGCAAAAUGUAGUGGACAUCGCCCAACUUGUCAGCGAUGCCAGGAAUCCGGGCUUCAGUGUUCAUACGGUGAUCGGAAGCGGGAGAAGAUGGCCAAGCAACUCAAUGAUCUGACAACCCAAGUCGAGGUGUAUGAGGCUUUACUGAGAGAAGUCUGUUCUAAAUUGGACUCGCAGACUGUCGAGUAUGUCGAACAGGUGAUCGGGAAACAAAAUCUCAAUAAUAACACUUCAGCACCUGAUCGCAGAGGCUCAACGAUAUCCUCAACUUCCAGAACAGAUGCUUCUCUCCUUCAAACCCCUAAUCCGAAUACCCUACUCGGGGGCUUAGACUACACCAACGAAGAUUUCAACCGUGAUGAGAAGGUCCAAGCGAUAGGGUUCGUAGGGGAACACUCGGAAAUUGCCUGGCUACAUCGGCUGCAAAAACUACUCGAUUCCUCUCAUCCAGCAUCUCCACAAGAGCAGUCGGGUCAGCCAUCCAUUGCGUCUUCAAACUUCUUUCUAGAUGACUCCGAAGUCCCGAUUAAUCAGGAUGCGGAUCCUGGGCGGCGACCUCCACAGGCAGUAGCUGACCAGCUAGUGGACAUCUAUUUCAAUGUCGUGAAUCACUCGUUCCCUAUCAUCGCCAGGUCGCUGUUUUUCGAUCAAUACAAGCUCUUUUAUGCCCGUUCGGUACGACCGGGAGAUAGAUGGCUGGCCAUUCUAAAUCUAGUGUUUGCUAUUGCGGUGAGGUAUACUCGUCAAACCCGAGCAGGUCUGGGGGAGGCCGUCGAUGACGACCGCACAUACUUUUCUAGGGCGUGGAAGCUCAGCAUGAGUGGUGCUGCACUACUAGAGCAUCCCAAUCUACAGCAGGUACAGGUGGAAGGUCUUAUAUCAUUUUAUCUCUUAUCUAUAGGCCAGGUCAACCGGUGCGCCCUGUUUCUUCUGUCGUGGCGCAUCUGUGGCGUAGCUUUACGAUCCGCUGGCACAAUGGGGCUGAACCUUCGGAACGAGAGCAAAUCGCUGAACCCUCCGUCGAAAGAAGCACGUUAUAGGGUAUGGUGGUCUCUGUACACACUGGACCUCACUCUUUGCGUGAUGACCGGCCGCCCUCCGAGUUGUAGCGACGAAUUUUUCACUACACCACUUCCGGCCCCAUUCGAGGAGGAGACUUUCAAGGAAGCAGUAUACGCCCAGCAGCUCAUGAAGGACAACGAGGCACGGGGCAUCUUCAUGGAAACCCUCGGUCUGGGUCGCUCGGGAUACUUAGCCUCCGACACCGCGUCGCCAGACACUUCCGACCCCUUGCUCCCUAGCCUCAGUAAACAGUGCGAGCAGAUUGCCUCCAGUGCUGUCGAGGCUCUCGAACCCAAUUCUUCGCUCUACUUUCUCCACGUGAUCGACCUGGCUUUCAUUGUGAGGGAAACGAUUGACACGCUCUAUGCUCCAGGAGCUUCUCGGAUGUUGUGGGGGGAAAUAGAGAUGGCAAUUUCUACCCUAAACGGAAAGCUAGACGCUUGGCUCACAAGGCUUCCGGUCGCAUUUCAGUUCACUCGGGGUACUCGGGAGUUUGAGCGAGAGCGAACAAAUAUGGCAUUUUAUUUCCACAGCGCCAAAAUCCUUGUCACGCAACCGUGUUUCAGCCGUGUGACUCGACAGGGUUCGGGAACCGACAUAGCGGGCAAAUUUUGUGAAUCAACGGCCAUCGCAUGCAUUGACCUGGCGGUUCAGAUGCUCGAACUUGUGCCCGAGCACCCGAAUUUUUCCUGGAUCUAUCGCAUCUCUCCUUGGUGGUGCAUGCUGCACAUGCUUAUGCAACCGAUUACCAUCAUUUUGACUGAGCUACUACUUGCAAAGCCGGACACAACCAAGCGCAGGAAACUGUUAAGAGUUGUUUCCAAAACGACCCGCUGGCUAGCCGAGCUUUCGACUAAGGAUCCUGAGUUUGAGCGGGGCGAGAAAGUAUGCAGAGAACUGGUUACCCAACACGACCCGCAACUUGCAAUGGAAAUAUAUGGGGACCGUGAGGGACGCUGA